AUGACGGCCCGGACGCCUAGCAGGGCGACUGGUGCCCCGGAUGAUGCAACUCACACCGCCCGAGACCAGACGCAGCAGGAUCAGGGGGAACGGAGGGAAUCGCCAGCCUUACCCAGUCUCACCAACAAGAAACGCCCGCGGUCUCAACCAGACACCACCUCCAGUCCUGCCUGCAACCAAUGUCGCACACGAAAGAUCCGCUGUGACCGACAGCAACCAAAAUGCUCCAACUGCCGCCGGGCGGACGUCGAGUGCGACUUUGCCACUACCCCGAAGCGCGUCGACCGCACCAAACAAUUGCUGAACGAUUUCAACGGUGUCGUUGCCCGACUAGACCGCGUUGACAACUCACUGGCGAAACUAUCGGAGCAGCUGCAACAACAGCAGCCAUGCCGAUGCUCUCAUUCCCCUGGCCCAUCGCAGGUCGAUAAUCCGUGGGGAGCGCCCGAGCCCGCAGCCAUAUACACCACUUACACCCCGAAGAGCUCCACCUCGUGUCGAUCCCCCCACCUGAUGGAGGUCGACAGUUCUGAAGAGCACGAUCCAGAGAAUCCCCACGGCGAUCUGGUCGACUUCGACCAGGGUGGCCAACGCCUGCUGGACUACCCGGCCGCACUGUCACUGUUUAGAAACCUGCAGCGCCAAAUCACCCGGCGCCUGACCAAGGAUGUGCCGCACGGGUCGGACUUGUGGCAGGUGGUCGCCCAACAACCGGGGUUCAAAGAGAGUUUGGAGUUUCAGCUGGAGCGGUUUCCCUUUGGCGGCCAAUGUCACGAACCUGUCAUCGUGAGCGAUCACCGACCCAUCAGUACACCUCCGCGCUACCUAUUGGAGCUAUCUUUAGAUGGCUUCUUACGCCAUAUCAAUAUCCAUACGCCCAUUUUCAACGAUUCCGCUCUAGAGAAAGCCAUCGAUACGCAUUACCAGUCUCUGUCAGCCGGGAACAGCGAUGCGUGGGCACUCACUUUUACCAAUAUCAUUAUUCUGACUGUGGCCCUGGAUGCCCGUGUCGCUCGCGCAACCGCCUCCCAUCUGGUUAGCAUGAACGAUGAUAUGCUCCCUUCUUUCCUGAAGAAUUGCGACCGAGCGUUGGCGGACUUGAACCGGUUUACUGGGCCAUGUGCAAUCAAUGUGCAGGUGCUCUUGACUCUGGCUCUCGUGGCUAGGGAAUUUUAUAGUAGCGUGGUCUUUGAAAAGGUCUGUCAGACAGUGUGCCAAGUGGCCCGCUCCACGGGUCUCCAUAGGGCUCACGGGGCACGAAGCAAGAGAUGGGAACAGAUGCAGGAGCGAGAACGACUCUUCUGGGUGGUCUAUACCAUGGACAAGCAGCGGGCCUUCCUGACAGGGCAGCCCUGUGAUCUAUACUUGUUCGACUCCGAUAUCCAAUUAAGAAGCUGCGGGGAGCGUGCACCAUUCCCGCUGCGGCUCAACGCCGCCUACGUGCAUAUGAUGACGAUCUGGGAACAGAUUUUCAUCAAUCUCUAUUCUUCCCGAGCUGCCCUGGCCGGCGCGGCCGAUCGAAGCCGGCAGGUCCAGCAGCUGUGGGGUUCAUUGAAUGAAUGGAACAUCAAAUACCAUGCGCUCCUAAGCUCGCCCAUCCUUGAGAAGAUGGCUGACUUGGCGCCCAUGCAGCUUGAGUUGAAAUACUGUCUCAUGGUGAGCCAGGUCCUCGUACAUCGCUGUGACUGCCACGCACGCUCCCAGCAAAGGUAUCGGGAUCCCGCCCGGAAUGCUCUCAAACUCAUCAGCCAGGUCGCCGGGGAACACCAUAGUAUCACGCUCGCACGAUGUGCGGUCUUAGCCAGGAUGUUUCGGAACUAUCCGCUUGUCGCCGUCCAUGAUCUCUUCUCUUGCUGUCUUCUGGACGGCGAGCCUGACAACACGGAGGAUAUACAACUCAUCCAUGAGACUCGCCGCCAUCUCGAGCUGCUCCACUAUGCGGACUUUCCUCGGGCGUACUUUGCCCGACUUGAGGUCGGGUUGAGAUGGUGCACCGACAUGCUGGAUACCAUCAAAGAUUGCUUGUCCCGCUCUGCGGCAACCGGCGACUGGGGGCCAAUGGAUGGCUCUUCCACCGGCCUCUCCGACCGCACGCCCCCGUCAGAGUCUGAACUCUCGUCGAUACCUCCGGACGCGUGGGCCUCACUGAACCUUCCGAUGGGCCGCGACGAGAUCCUUUGUGGGCUUAGCCCUUCAGUGCCCCCAGAGGGAUUGCUGGACCCGGGAUUUCCCGCUUUUGGAUUGACCACGUCGUCUACUGGUGACGGUACCGUCCCUGCAUUCACGCAUGCUGAUAAUCCAGCAGUGACGAUGCAACCAUCGAUGUGGGUACCCGCCGAAGUACCCUGUACCUCGUCUGAACCACUUUUUGACCCCGAGUUUACCCGAAGUAUAAUGUCAUGA